AUGUGCCCUCUCCCCAGGCCGCUGACUGACGCCUGGACUGAAGAUGGAAGCCCGGACCACCUGCCUGAAGUCGGCAUGAAUGUUUCUGCAGGCAACUCCAGCUCGGGGUCGUGGCUCUGGCCGGCGCUGAUCACCCUGCCUGCUGCCCUGGUGUCGCUGGCCACAGUGGUGGGCAACGCCCUGGUGCUGCUCUGCUUCUGGGCCAACCCUCGGCUGCGGACGGCCUCCAACUCCUUCCUGCUAAGCCUGGCCUUCGCCGACCUGCUGAUCGGUGCCGUCUCCAUGAACCUCUUCACCGUGUACGUGGCAGUCGGCAGCUGGCCGCUAGGGCCGGCCACCUGCGACCUGUGGCUGGUGCUGGACUACGUGGUCAGCAAUGCCUCGGUGCUCAACCUGCUGGCCAUCUGCCUGGACCGCUACCUGGCCGUCAGCCAGCCGCUGCGGUGGCUGGCCCAGCGCACGGCCAGGCGGGCCGGGGCCAUGAUUGCACUGGCCUGGGCCGUCUCCCUGCUGCUGUGGGGCCCCGCCAUCGUCUGCUGGCCUUACCUGGAGGGGAGGCGGACAGUGAGGCCUGACCGCUGCUACGUCCAGUUCCUGGCCGUGCCCCUGGUCGCCUUGGGCACGGCCGCCGCUGCCUUCUACCUGCCCGCCACCGCCAUGUGCGUCCUGUACUGUCAGGUGUACAGCCGGGCGGCGGAGCGUGGCCUGUUGCCGGGCCCGGAGCAGCCGAGGGCCCGGAGUUGUUGUUGCCGCCGCCGCCAGCUGAGGGAAGGCCUGGAGAUGGAGGAGAGCUCCAGCCCGGCCCUCAGCCCCCGAGGGCCCGAGGCCAAGGGCAGGCCGCUAGUGAGGGAGAAGAAGGCGGCCCGGACCCUCUGUGCCAUCCUGCUGGCCUUCAUAGUCACCUGGACCCCUUACAACAUCAUGGUGCUGGUGUCAGCCUUCUGCCGAGGCUGCAUCCCUGGCCACCUCUGGCAGCUCGGCUACUGGCUCUGCUACAUCAACAGCACCGUCAACCCCGUCUGCUACGCCCUGUGCAACCGGGACUUCAGGACCACCUUCAGGAUGCUGCUGGUAUGCCGCUGGGACUGGAGGAAGUGGCCUCAGGCGAGGAAAGGCUCGUGUCCGUGA